AUGGCGUCUCCGCAAGAACUCAACUUGCAAAGGUCUAUGGACCAAUUCUGCUGUGGACUUAACGAUGCCCAAAGGGCAGAGAUCAGCGGCGCAAAUAGGAUAGUCAUCAACAAUGAAAUUCAGAUCAUACAAACGAAACUCGGGCGCGAGAGAGGCCUUUGCUGGUUGGGCAGAAUGACCAAGUUUCUUGACGCAAUGGAGGAGAUCGAAAAGCUCAUCACAAUUUUUCUCAACGUCAGCGAAGCGGUGGCCUUCAUUUGGGGUCCUAUUAAGCUUGUUCUCAUGCUGGCCACAACAUGGACUAAUGGUAUCAAAAACAUCAUCGAUGUCUAUGAAGAAAUUGCUAUUGCACUCGACAACCUCGCUGUCUUCCAUAACCUAAUCAGAGAAAACGAUCAAUUAAAGCGAAUGCUGGAAGAUUACUUCUCUAACAUCCUCCGAUUCCAUCGCUCCAUUCUCGCAAUAUUUACUAAACCUGACUGGAAAAUAUUCUUAUUCUUCAUCUGGGGAGAGUUUUGA